CUAUGCUUCGCUCAGCCAUGAGACAGCCCUCCGCGUCCGCGUCCCCUGCCUUGUCAGUGUCUCCUCUCCCGUCCUCGCCGCCCUCCCCGUCACCCUACACACCGAAAGUGUCCUUUGACACGUUCGAGAACCCCGUGGCUUCAAUGUUCUCGUUCACCCUCUCGGCUAAAUCAUCUGCCUAUCGACGGACCAAGAGUACCCGCGUCUUCCUGUGUGCGGCCUCGCCUGACGAGACGGGCAACGAGGCGCUAGACUGGGCCCUCGAGUCGCUCGUGCAGGACGGGGACGAGUUUGUCGUGUGUCGGGGGGUGGACGAGGACGAGCUAGGUGCGAAGGACCAUGAUGUGCUGAGGCACGAGGCGCGGAGUCUGAUGCGCCGUAUUCAGGAAAAGGCGAGCGAGGUGGAUCCUGAGAGGAAGUUGUCGUUGAUCUUGGAGUAUGUCCCUGGGAGGAUUACGGAUACGCUCGAUAGGCUUAUUGCGCUGUAUCGUCCGGAUUCGGUUGUUGUUGGGACUAGAGGCAGGAAGGCGUGGCAGAAUAUAGGCAAGGGUCCUAUGGGGUCUGUGUCGAGAUAUGUGCUUAUACAUUCGCCGGUUCCUAUUAUUGUCGUCAGACCGGAGCGCAAGGUGAAGAAGGCGGUACAGAAGAGAAAGGCUGAUCCGAAGCGCGGUAUACAUUUUGAUUAAACGUAUUGUAUUGUCUUUAUAUUUGCGAACUGUUAUUAUAUCAAGCAGGUCGAUUUACUUGCACCGCUCUAAUACACUUCCAUCUCAAAUCAAAAUGUACCGAGUGUCUGGGCAGUUACAAUCACUCCCUUUCUCGAAUCGCCUUUGUCGUUUUGUUUCUCCAGUUCUGCUUUCAACCGCCAAGUCAAAUGUCUAUCUGAUUCCUGGAUUUCAGGCGCUCGAUCCUUGAGUGGUUGGCGGCCUUGAGUUGCUUCUUCACGCUGAGGAUCAUCUUGCUAGUGUGACCCAUUCUCUGGAUGUUCUUCGAGUAUGUUAUUCGUCUCUUGGAGCGCAAUGUUCUUUGUUAACUGUCUCCUGUCCAUAUGCUGGGAUGUCGUUUUAUCACCAAACUC